AUAACACCUGAAAAUUAAUUAUUGCAAUUCGUUUAAUUUUUUCUAAUCGUAUUCGUUGUUUAAAUUUUUGGAAUAUCUUAAGUAUAGACCAAUGUUGUAAUUCAUUUAAUGAAAAUAUAAUUUUGAAUGAAAAAAAAAAAAGAAGAGAAAAACAAAAUGGCAUUCAUACGCCUUGACACGAGACUGUUUUCUAGAACACGACCAAUCGAUGAACUAUACCAUCGAGAGUUUCGUAUUUGCGAUAUAAAUUAUUCGUGGUUAUAUAAAAUAAUAAAGUGCCUUUACACACUUAUAUCCUGGAUUAACAGUUAGAAAUGUUCCAAAGUUAAGUAAACUCGGUCUGUGAGAUGGAGUGAAAUUUUUCACGUGGAAAAGUAGAGUAAAUUCAAAACCCGUUUGACAGAAAUUUGAAAAAUUUCAAUACGUGAUCUGUGUAAAAUAAUCCUAGGUUGAGAAAAUUUGAGAAAGGAUGAACGCAGCGAUUAAUUCAGAAAACGAUCGAAAGAGCGAAGAACGAUCCAUCGAAGGAUUUCUGGCGAACUCUGUAAUAUUCGUGACCGGAGCCACUGGUUAUUUAGGGAAAGCUAUCGUGGAAAAAUUGCUGCACUCUUGUUCCCGUAUCUCGACAAUCUACAUCCUCAUCCGAUCCAAGAAAAACGUAUCCAUCGAACAACGAUUUAAACAUCUUUUGGAAAAUUGCUUGUUCGAUGAAAUACAAAAAAAGAAUCCAGGAAUUUUAAAUAAGAUUCAUUUGAUAAAAGGGGAUAUAAGUCUGCCAGACUUAGGCCUAUCCUCGAGCGAUAAAAAUUUAUUAAUAGAAAGAGUAAACAUAGUUUUCCACGUAGCGGCUACAGUGAAAUUCAACGAGCCGUUAAAAAAGGCUAUCGUGACGAAUACGAAGAGCUCUUUGUACAUUUUAGAAUUAUGCAAAUCUAUGAAAAAUCUAAUGAGUUGCGUUUACGUUAGUACAGCUUACAGUAAUCCAAAUAUAUCGACAAUCGAAGAAACGAUAUACGACAUAAAUAUAAAACCUUCUACGAUCAUAGAUAUGUGCAAUGGCCUGAACGAUGAGCUAUUGAAUGCACUGGAAUCUAAGAUUUUAGAGACUUUUCCAAACACGUAUACGUUUACGAAAAAUCUGGCGGAAAAUAUUAUAAAGAUCAAUGGUGCAGGUUUACCGAUCGCAAUAGUGAGGCCAAGUAUAAUUUUUGGUGCGAUUAAACAUCCGUUUCCUGGUUGGAUAGACGAUUCAAUUCAAGGAAUUACAGAUGUAACUAUUGGUGCGUGCAGAGGUAUCAUUAGAGUGAUCAAUGGGAAUAAGAGAAAUAAGGCAAACAUAGUGCCUAUUGAUUAUGUGACCGAUACGAUAAUAUGCGUUGCAUGGCAUACAACGAUUCAAUGUGAUAAUAUCAUUAAAAUUUAUAAUUGCACGAAUAAUGGGAAUUAUCUUACAUGGGAUAAAUACAGUUCAAAUAUAAUAAAAUUUUCAAAAAAAUUAUUAUUCAAAACUAUGAUAUGGUAUCCCAAUCUUAUACUAGUUAAUAACAGAUAUAUUUUCAAGAUCUUAAUAUUCUUUUUGCAUACACUUCCUGCACUUGUCUAUGAUGUUUUUGCAAAACUUUUAGGUAAUAAAAUCAGAAUAAUGAAAUAUGUAAUGAACAUGAACUAUAAAUUACAUCUAUUAAAAUAUUUCCUUCUCAAUGACUUGAAAUUUCAAAAUGAUAAUAUGAUUGAACUUCAGAAAAAUGUAAAAACAUUGAAUGACUGUGAUAAUUUCAUCAUUGACAUACAAAAUCUAGAUUGGGAUAAAUAUAUAGAAAAAUGUAUAUUAAUAUUAAACACACAUAAUCUGUUUGUAUCUAAACAUUCUUUAACAACUCGAAGUCGAUUGGUAACAUUAUAUUGGAUAAAACAAAUAGCGGGAUUAUCACUUGUAACUCUUUUAUUAGUAUUUGUAUUAUACAUUUCACAAUUUUAACAUUAAAUUAAAAAUUUUAAUUAAAAACAAAAAAUAAAAAUAAAAUUUUAUGCAAAGGAAAAUUGUUAACUAUAUAUAUAUAUUAUAAUGUUGUAUAUAGAUAUUAUUAAAUUUAUUAUAAUUAUUAUAA